AUGGCCCAACCACGCCAAACAACGCUGCUGCCCGUCCGGACACGCUCCCGCUCACCGACAUCCCGGCCAACAACGCCUCUCCGCGCGUCCUCGCGCUCGUCCUUCCGCGCUUCAACAACCUUUCCGAGCGACACGAUCCCGACAGGCCUGGACCACCUCGAGCCACAGUUCGCAGAACUGAGCGACAGCAUGGCCGACCUGGAGGCGAACCUCAUGCACUUGCAACUUAUGCACGAGAGUCUGAGUCGGUUUGGCGAGAGUUUUGCGAGUUUUCUGUACGGGCUGAAUAUGAAUGCUUUUGUCGUGGAUUUCCCAGAGGCUCCCAUCACGGAAUCAAUCAAGCGGUGGCAGAGACGGCAAGCAGGCCUGGACGAACAUUCGACGACGAUGAACACCAACAUCACCGUGCCUGACUCUACCUCUAAUUCGUUCACUGUCGGCGGCGGCGGGGUGAGGCAGGCACAGGACAACCCUGGUGAUGCCACGUUCGUGACCAAUGCGGAUGCCAGCUUCGUGAGCUUAAAGGCCACGCCUAGGCGGAAGACGGUGGCGCCGCCUGUUACGCCGGGGACUACGUCGACGGUCAAUCAGCAGAGUCAGAGUAGGCUUCCUGGAGCGAGACGUGGAGGUGGGCCAGGUGCCGCUUCACGAGGCGGGAGGGGCGAUCCGGCUGCGAGGGGUGCCAGGGGGUCUGGCCUGCCGAGAGGGAGAGGUAGGGGGAGGGAAGUGAGAUGA